AUGAGUGCUGUCCUCAACCAAGGUGCUGGAGACCGCCCACUGGCAUUCUGCUACCAGGUGAAUGGGUCUUGCCCCAGGACUGUCCAUCCUCUGGGUCUCCAGCUGACCAUCUACCUGGCCUGUGCAGCAGGCAUAAUUGUUACAGUCCUAGGAAAUUUGUUUGUGGUGUUCACUGUGUCCUACUUCAAAGCACUUCACACUCCCACCAACCUCUUGCUGCUUUCUCUGGCCCUGGCUGACAUGCUGCUGGGUCUGCUGGUCCUGCCGCUAAGCACCGUUCGCUCGGUAGAGAGCUGCUGGUUCUUUGGAGACUCCCUCUGCCGCCUGCACACCUACUUGGACACCCUCUUCUGCCUCAUCUCCAUCUUUCACCUCUGUUUCAUUUCCAUUGACCGCCACUGUGCCAUCUGUGAGCCUCUGCUCUACCCCUCCAAGUUCACAGUGAGGGUGGCUCUCAGGUACAUCGUGGCAGGGUGGGGGAUGCCAGCAGCUUACACAGCUUUCUUUGUCUAUACAGAUGUAGUUGAGAGAGGGCUCAGCCAGUGGCUGGAAGAGAUGCCUUGUGUGGGCAGUUGUCAGCUGCUGUUUAAUAAGUUCUGGGGCUGGUUAAACUUCCCUGUGUUUUUUUUCCCCUGCCUCCUCAUGAUCAGCUUGUAUGUAAAGAUCUUCCUGGUUGCUGCCAGGCAGGCCCAGCAGAUCAACACCUUCAACAAAAGCUUGGGGAGUGCUGCCAAGCGUGAAAGAAAAGCUGCCAAGACCUUGGGCAUUGCAGUGGGCAUAUACCUCUUGUGCUGGCUUCCCUUCACCAUCGACACACUGGUGGACAGCCUCCUCAACUUCAUCACGCCACCUCUGGUCUUUGACAUCUUAAUCUGGCUUGCUUACUUCAACUCGGCCUGCAACCCUAUCAUCUAUGUUUUCUCCUACCGGUGGUUCAGGAAGGCUCUGAAACUCAUCUUCAGUCCUGAGAUCUUCUCACCUCGGACACCCACUAUUGAUUUGUACCAAGAAUGA